CUGGCUUUGAAUGGUGAUCCUUGGAUCUCAGCCUUCUGAGUAGCUAGGAUUACAAGCCUGAGCCACCAGCAUCCAGCUGGCAACUCUUAAUUGUUCCUGGGAAUAGAGACCAACUAGGAAAUUGCCCAUUUGAGAACCCAGGCCUCCUGCUGCCCAAAUCUGUGCUCUUCUGCCCCACUCCACCCCUCAUGUCAGCAACUGGGACAGUUGAUAUAUAGUCUGGGUCCUCUCACAGCUUUGACUUGCAGUAUGAAGGGGAGAGCCAGGCAGGGGGUUGAAAGGAUCAGCCUUGAGAUUGCAGAGCAGUCACAUAGACAUAACAAGGGGUGGAGAUGCCUUGAAGGCAGGGGCGGGGCAAAGUAGAUGAUGUCCUUGGGACUUUCACUUGGGAUUCCAAGUGUGCUCAAACCUCCCUCCAGCCCUGUCACCAUGGACCGCACUGUGGUGCUCAUCACUGGCUGCUCCUCCGGCAUAGGCCUGCACUUGGCUGUCCGGCUGGCCUCAGACCCUUCUAGGAGCUUCAAAGUGUAUGCCACACUGAGAGACCUGAAGUCACAAGGCCCUCUCCUGGAGGCCGCCCGGGCCAGGGCGUGCCCUCCCGACGCUCUGGAGACCCUGGAAUUGGACGUGAGGGACGUGGAUUCCAUAGCCAAGGCUCGGGCACGGGUGAUCGAGGGCCGCGUGGAUGUGCUGGUGUGUAACGCGGGCCGGGGCAUGUUCGGGCCGCUGGAGGCGCACGACCUGGACGCCAUGGGCACCGUAGUGGACGUGAAUGUGCUCGGUACUGUGCGAGUGCUGCAAGCCUUCAUGCCCGACAUGAAGCGGCGGCGCAGCGGUCGGAUCCUGGUCACUGCCAGUUUUGGCGGCUUGAUGGGGCUGCCGUUUUACGCCCUGUACUGCGCCACUAAGUUCGCGCUGGAGGGUUUAUGCGAGAGUCUGGCGGUCCUGUUGCUGCCAUUCAGGGUCCACAUGAGCCUUAUCGAGUGCGGCCCCGUACACACGGCCUUCCAAGAGAAGCUGGAGGGCGGCCCGGGUGGAGCGCUGGACCGCGCGGAUGCCCAGACCCGCCACCUCUUCUCGCUCUUCCAGCGUCAUUUACAGCAUGCCGGGCCAAAGGUGCAGGAUCCGGAGGAGGUGAUAGAGGUGUUCCUCACUGCACUGCGCGCCCCGCGGCCCUCCCUGCGCUACUUCAGCACCGAGAGCCUCAUGCCCCUGGCCCGGAUGCGCCUGGAGGACCCCAGCGGCUGCAGCUACUUGGCCGCCAUGCACCAGAUAUUCGCCGACAAGCAGGGGGAAGACUCUGAGGCCCAGGAGGGACCCGUAGGAGACCCUGGGCUUGGACCUUCAGCCGCCCCUAAAUAAAGGCUCUGCCUACCGUUGCCUAAUAAAUCAUGCUUUGCCUCCUGGGGGUGUACUGUCCAAGGGAAUGAGGCUGGGGUGAUGUCUGCAUUGUGCAGCCCCUAAAUGACUAAUACAGAUCAUCUCUCCCCACUUAUACUUACACAUCCCCCAGGCCUCAAAGCCAUGCAGGGCCUGGGGUUAGAACAGUCUC